AUGUCUCCCAUAUCUGGUAGUGACUGCAUCACCCAGGACUGCAUGAGCACUGCGGGGUUGCGAACAAAUGGCAGUGUUCCCAUCAACAUCUUCCGCGGGAGUCAACGGGUGAACCUGCCUGUCGCUGCUGCUGCUGCUGCUGCUGCUGCUGCUGCUGCUGCUGCUGCUGCUCUGGAGGAAGACGAGGCAGAGAAGAGUUGUGGCCCCUCUGGAUUCUGGGAGGCCCUGACGCCCUGCAACGGCUGCCGUAACCUGGGUUUCUCCAGCCCCUCACAGGACUCAAAGCUUUCAGGAGAAAUCAUCACGUCACCGUCGCUGGACGUUUUCCUUCCGGAGGACGAAGACAACCCGUACGAGUCGGUGACGACCGCCGUUACACGCAAACCCUGCUCACUCGACAUCGACCACCGCUUCAACAGCAGCUCCCGCAACGGUCUCUUGUCCCAUGUAACAGUGAGUGAAGGGGAGCACGGUAACCGUGGCAACUGCUCAACGGGCCCCACUCCAGACCAAGCCCCUCUCCUGGACACGGCCCUGAGAACACUCCAGAGAGUCAUCCG